AUGAGAGUGAUAGAAAGGAGCAAAGGAGAGGAGAUCGAGAGGAAGAAGAGAGCGGGUGAGAGGAGAGGAGGAGGAUAGAAGGAGCGAGGGUUAUAGGAGAGGAGGCUGAGAGGAUAAUAAAGGGAGCGAGGGAGAGAGGAGAGGAGAGGAUAGAAGGAGCGAGGGUAGAGGAGAUGAGAGGAUAGGAAGGGAGGAGAGGGGAGAGGAGGAUGAGAGACUAGAAGGAAGGGGAGGAGAGGAGAUUGAGAGGAUAGGAAGGGAGAGAGUUUGAGGAAGAAAGCGAAGAGAGAGGAUAGAAGGGGGGAGCGAGAGGAGAGGAGGAGAGAUUAGAGAUAGAAGGAGCCGAGGUAGCGAGAGACGCGAGAGGAUAGAAGAGAGCGAGAGGAGAGGAGAGGAAUAGAAAGGGGAGCGGAGGUAUAGGAGAUGAGAGGAUAGAAGGGAGCGAGGGGAGAGGGGAGAUGAGAGGAUGAGAAGGCGAGGGAGAGGCGAUGAGAGGAUAGAAGGGAGGAGGGUAUAUGAGGAGAGGAGAGGAUAGAGAGAGAAGGAGAGGGCGCGGGGGUGCGAGAGGAGUUGAGCGGUAGAGAAGGGGAGCGAGGGCUUAUAGAGGGAUGAGAGGAUUAAAGGGAGCGAGGGUAGAGGAGAUGAGAGGAAGCGGGAGGGAGAGGAGAUGCGAGGAAUUAUAGAAGGGGAGCGGAGGUAGAGGAGAGGAGAUGCGAGGGAAUUAGAUGGGGAGAGCGAGGUAGUGGUAGAGGAGAGGAGAUGAGAGGAGAGAAGGGAGGGAGGGAGAGGAUAGAAGGGGAGGGAGGUUAGGGUAGCGGAUACGAGAUAUGAGAGGAUAGACGGGAGCGAGGUUAGAGGAGAGGAGAGAGAAUGAAGAGGAUAGAAGGGAGCGAGGUUGGGAGGGAGAUGAGAGGAUAGAAGGGAGGGAUAGGAUAGGAGAGGAGGAGGCGAUGAAGGAUGGAUAGAAGGGAGGGGUAGAGGAGAGGAGAUGCGAGGAUAGAUGAGAGGAUUUAGAGGGCCGGCGAGGGGAGAGGAGAUGAGAGGAAGAGGAUAAAGGGAGGGAGCAGGAGAGAGGGAUAGAGGGAGGGAGGGAGAGGAGAUAGGAUAGAAGGAGGGAGAGGAGAUGAGAGGAUAGAGGGCGCGAGGCAGAGGCGAUGAGAGGUAGAAGGGAGGGGGUAGAGGAGAGGAGGGAUGAUGAGAGGAUAGAAGGGAGCGAGGGUUUAGAGGAGAUGAGAGGAAGAGGGAGCGAGGGGAGAGGAGGGAGGAAGAAGGGAGCGAGGGGGAGGAGAAGAGACCGGUCAUAGUCUCACACACCUCAGUGAACAGAACAGAAUAGACCCAGAGUACUGCUAUAGACCCAUCCUUCCUGACAUCCUCCAUGUUUGGUGAAGAUAUGGCUUUCCUUUUCUACCUCUAGUCUACACUACCGAUGAGAGGAUAGAUGGGAGCGAGGGGAGAGGAGAGGAUAGAAGGGAGCGAGGGUAUAGGAGAUGAGAGGAUAGAAGGGAGCGAGGGUAGAGGAGAUGAGAGGAUAGAAGGGAGGGAGGGUAGAGGAGAGGAGAGGAGAUGAGAGGAUAGAAAGGAGCGAGGUUAGGGGAGAUGAGAGGAAAGAAGGGAGCGAGGUUAGAGGAGAGGAGAUGAGAUGAGAGGAUAGAAGGGAGGGAGGGUAGAGGAGAUGUGAGGAUAGAAGGGAGCGAGGGGAGAGGAGAUGAGAGGAUAGAAGGGAGCGAGAGGAGAUGAGAGGAUUAGAAGGGAGGGAGGGGAGAGGAGAGGAGAUGAGAGGAUAGAACGGAGCGAGGUUAGAGGAGAGGAGAUGAGGAUAGAAAGGAGCGAGGGUAGAUGAGAUGAGAGGAGAGGAGGGAGCGAGGGGAGAUGAGAGGGAUAGAAGGGAGCGAGGGUAGAGGAGAGGAGAUGAGAGGAUAGAAGGGAGCGAGGGGAGAGGAGAUUGAGAGGAUAGAAGGGAGCGAGGGUAGAGGAGAGGAGAUGAGAGGAUAGAAGGGGAGCGAGGGGAGAGGAGAUGAGAGGAUAGAAGGGAGCGAGGGUAGAGGAGAGGAGAUGAGAGGAUAGAAGGGAGCGAGGGUAGAGGAGAUGGGGAUAGAAGGGAGGGAGAGGAGAGGAGAUGAGAUGAGAGGAUAGAAGGGAGGGAGGGUAGAGGAGAGGAGAGGAUAGAAGGGGAGGGAGAGGAGAGGAGAUGAGGGAUAGAGGGAGCGAGGGGAGAGGGGAGAGGAUGAGUGAGGAGAGGAGGAAGAGGAGAGGGAGAGGAUAGGAAAGGGAGGGAGGGCGAGAGAGGAGAUGAGAGGAUAGAAGGGAGCGAGGUUAUUAGAGGAAAUGAGAUGAGAGGAUAGAAGGGAGCGGGGGUAGAGGAGAUGAGAGGAUAGAAGGGAGGGAGGGGAGAGGAGAGGAGAUGAGAGGAUAGAAGGGAGCGAGGGGAGAGGAGAGACCCUGUCCCAUAGUCCUCAACACACCUCAGUGAACAGAACAGAAUAGACCCAGAGUACUGCUAUAGAAACACCAUGUCCUUCCUGACAUCCUCCAUGUUUGGUGAAGAUAUGGCUUUCCUUUUCUACCUCUAGUCUACACUACCCUGGACUGGAGAGAGAGGGGGGAGGAGAAAGAGAGAGAAGGGGGGGAGAGAGAGGGAGGGAGAUGGGGGAGAGAGAGUGAGGGAGAUGGGGGAGAGAGACAGAAGGGGGGGAGAGAGAGAAAAUAGACUAGAGAAUCUGAUUGGUAGAAUGAGAGGAGAGAGGUGAAACGGCUAGAAAGAGUUUCCCAUAGCGAUGGAACUUAUGAGUGUUUUUAACGAAGCGUCUUUCCUACAACGGCUGAAGAUGUAACAUGCGUUUCCCAAAACACCACGCAGAGAGAACGUUCGCUAAGUGCAUCGUCGGAGCAUGUGUCGAUACUGAUAGGAUUGAAAGAAAAUAAGCACUGCUCUCGGAUCAGCUUCCUCCCUUUCCAAUCUUACCUUAACAUUAGAAUUAUUCCACAAUACUGACGACGGAUCAGCUCCUAGAGAGAUAUUAUAAACUGGCUACAAAUAUUGAGGUGGCUCAUUCUAAUGCUAUUAUAAUCCACUAAAUCCAGAUUUGGCACAUCAUUGUGUCACAUGUUACACAUCAUGAAAUACACUGAGUGUACAAAACAUUUCCAUGACAUAGACUGACCAGGUGAAAGCUAUGAUCCCUUAUUGAUGUCACUUGUUAAAUCCACUUCAACCAGUGUAGAUGAAUGGGAGGAGACAGGUUAAAGAAGGAAUUUUAAGCCUUGAGACAAUUGAGACAUGGAUUGUGUAUGUGUGCCAUUCAGAGAGUGAAUGUGCAAGACAAAAGAUUUAAGUGCCUUUGAAUGGGGUAUGGUAGUAGGUGUCAGGCGCACUGGUUUGUGUCAAGAACUGCAAUGCUGCUGGGUUUUUCACGCUCAACAGUUUCCCGUAUGUAUCAAGAAUGGUCCACCACCCAAAGGACAUCCAGCCAACUUGACACAACUGUGGGAAGCAUUGGAGUCAACAUGGGCUAGCAUCCCUGUGGAACGCUUUCGACACCUUAAAGUCCAUGCCCAGACAAAUUUAGGCUGUUCUGAGUGCAAAAGGGGGUUCAACUCAAUAUUAGGAAGGUGUUCUUAAUGUUUUGACCACUAAGCGUACUGUAUAUUGAGGCAAAAAUAACAGACAGUAGCGUACUAAUAGCUAAAUAAAACUCAAUUGAAUGAACAUUAAAUAUAUUUCAAUAUCAUUCCAAUAUAUAGGUGUAUGUAGUCUAUACUGUAUCUUUUAAUACAGUCAUCUGGGUUUUAAUUUGGAGUGUCAUUAUAUCUUUCACUUGUUAUGCAAAGAAAUGGGUAGCUUUGUAUUUGUAGUCACUAUCACAUUCGUUCUGAAGUUAUCGGCGGUCACGGAAAGACAGAUAAACAUCUUGAUUUUGUGUUUAGCGGCGAUCUUCUGUGUAUAAAGUGAUGCGGUAGGGAAAAAAACGCAUCUAACAACGUACUUAGCUGCUCUAAGAGUGUUCUGAGGCAGUCGUUAAAUAACAAUCUUUUUCAAGACCAACUUUAGAAAUGAUGGUUUUGGGGAACUGCUCAGAGAUUUAACGAUGCUCCUAUGAAAGGUUCUAACGAUGAACUUAGCCUUAAGAGGCUUUUGGGAAACCGGUCCCUGAUCUCUAUAUUAUCUGAAAGGGACAGUUGUAACAGUUCCCUUGCUUUAUUUUACUUACUACUAUUUUCUGCUUCCUGUAAAUCACUUAAAUGCCCCCCCCCCCACCUCCCACCUCCCUCUCCCUCCCAUCAGCAUGCCCCGGGUGUACCUCGUAUCCUGGUAGGUAACCGGCUCCACUUGGCGUUCAAGCGCCAGGUUCCUACGGAGCAGGCCCGGGCGUACGCUGAGAAGAAUGGCAUGACCUUCUUCGAGGUCAGCCCGCUCUGCAACUUCAACGUCAUCGAGUCGUUCACAGAGCUGUCUCGCAUCGUACUGAUGAGGCACGGCAUGGAGAAGUUCUGGAAGCCCAACAGAGGUAGGAGGGGGAGAGGGGGGCUCUACGCUGAGAUUUUUUACAAGGAGUACAUGUGCUCCUAAUUACAAAAAUUUAGGAGCACACACAAAAGUAUUCAAGGUAUUAAUUAUAUAAAUUGCCAGCAAUUAGAAAAUACAGGGUUUAGGAGCACCAGAAGAAAAAAAUAAGAUUGAGAUACAGCCUACAUAAAGCCUAUAUGCAUCCUAGCUAUCCUACUUUUAAUAUAAUAAUAUAUACCAUUUAACAGAAGCUUUUAUCCAAAGCGACUUAGACAUGCGUGCAUACAUUUUUACAUAUGGGUGGUCCCGAGAAUUGAACCCACUAUCCUGGUCAUGCAAGCGCCAUGCUCUACUAACUGAACUACAGAGGACCAUGCUCUACUAACUGAACUACAGAGGACCAUGCUCUACUAACUGAACUACAGAGGACCAUGCUCUACUAACUGAACUACAGAGGACCAUGCUCUACUAACUGAACUACAGAGGACCAUGCUCUACUAACUGAACUACAGAGGACCAUGCUCUACUAACUGAACUACAGAGGACCGUGCUCUACCAACUGAACUACAGAGGACCGUGCUCUACCAACUGAACUACAGAGGACCGUGCUCUACCAACUGAACUACAGAGGACCAUGCUCUACUAACUGAACUACAGAGGACCAUGCUCUACUAACUGAACUACAGUGGACCGUGCUCUACCAACUGAACUACAGAGGACCGUGCUCUACUAACUGAACAACAGAGGACCGUGCUCUACUAACUGAACUACAGAGGACCGUGCUCUACCAACUGAUUUACAGAGGACUACUUUAGAAGCACAUCUCCUAAAGAAGCUAUCCCGUUGUUUCUUUCUGAGCCACCAAAUGUUUGCAUACCACUGGUAAAGUUACCACACGGAUUAUGAUAUAUGUGGUUACCAGGUUACUAGCUAGCUAAUGCUUUAACAUGACUGAACAAGGUUGUUUAAGGUUAGCAAUCUCCUGUGUAUGAACUCUCUUUCUCUCUCUCUCUCUCUCUCUUCUCCUUCCUCCCUCCCCUCUCUCUCCUCUCCUCCCUCCCCUCCCUCUCUUCUCUCCCCUUUCUCUCACUCUCUCCAGUCUUCAGUCUUCAGGACCUGUGCUGCAGAGCGAUUGUCUCCUGCACGCCCGUCCACCUGAUUGACAAGCUGCCGUUGCCCGUGGCGAUAAAGUCCCACCUCAAGUCCUUCUCUAUGGCCAAUGGGAUGAACGCAGUGAUGAUGCACGGACGCUCCUAUUCGCUGGCCAACGCGGCGGGCAGGUCUAAAGGGAACAGUCUGAAGCGCUCUAAAUCCAUCAAACCCCCCCAGAGCCCCCCACAGAACUGCACACGCAACAACUGUAAAAUCUCCUAG